AUGCUCGCGGCGGCCGAACCGGCUCGGCGGGCAGCGGGCGGGGACGCGGGGGCGCGGGCGGGCGGGGGGCGGCGGCGGCGGGGGCGGGCGGCCGCGCGGGCGGGCGUGUCUCGGGCCCGCCGCCCGCUCGUGUGCACGGUGCGUGUGUCCGGGCGGCCGUCCGCGGGCGAGUGUGCGGCGGGGCCGCGGGGGCCGGCGCGGCGGGGAGCUCGCGGAGCCGCGCGGCGGGCGCGCGAUUGGUCCCCGGGGGUCAUGUGCCCGCCCUCUGACGUCAAUGGCGGCAACGCCGGCCGCCGCCGCGGCUUCGGCCUCGCGCGGGCGGGGUCCGCCGGCGGGGGGACGCGGGGCGGGCGCGGCCGGGCGGGAGCGGCGGCCCCGGGGCGGGGGGCGGGGGCGGCCUGGCCCGCGGGACCCCGGCGCCCCGCCCGGAACCGGGGGCCGGGGGCGGGGCGCCUGACGUCACGCCGGGCCGCGCCCCCCCCCCCCCCCCCCCCGCCGCCGGUGCCCAAGCGGCCCCGGCCCGAGAGCGGUCCGCGCGGGUGGCUGGGGCCGGGGCCGGGGAAGGUUGGGCCGGAGAUGCUGGGGGAGGGCUGCCCGACCUGGAACCCCCAACCAGCUCUGGCCGCCCACCUGGAUGACCAGGUAACCCUCCACCCCCGCUCAGCUCUGGCCGCCCACCUGGAUGGCCAGCUGACCCCCCACCGUCGCCCAGCUCUGGCCGCCCACCUGGAUGGCCAGCUGACCCUCCACCCUCACCCAGCUCUGGCCACCCACCUGGAUGGCCACGGGACACAGAUAUUCCCUCAAAUUGCAAAUGUCCCGUCAAGUAUCCGAAUAAUGAGCCACACAAGCCCUGGCUCAACCAGUCGGACUCCACGGGCCUCCUGGUCAUUUACAGAUGUCUGUCUGCCCUUGGGGUCCUCAAGCUUCUCGGGGGAGGGGACAGGCUCCCCAGCCACCAUCCCCCCUCGCUUCCCUUCUCCUCCUGGAGUCUGA